GCAGCCACAGGUCUGUUCUCUAUGUCUGUGAGUCUGUUUCUGUUUUGCAGUUAUUUCUUACUAUAGUAGGAAGAAGGUAGAUACAUCAGUAAGGGGAUUGUUAGCAUGUGAAACAGCAUAGGAGCCAGGCAGUUGGGAGAAUCCCAGGGCCUGACUGGAAAUCCAGAUACCCUCACUGACUCUUAAUAUCCGCAUGUGCUUUGCCAUGUCUUUCCUCACUUCCUUUCAUACUUCUCAUAAUCCUCACUUUUCUCCUUCUGAGCCUUCUCCAUGACCUCAGCAGCCUCCAAGAAGUUCCCUUCCUCCACAUCUACCCCCAGACCUUUGGUAAUUAUCAUGGGGAUGGGGUGCUAGGAGAGGGAGCUGUCCUCUUACUCCCUUCAGCUUCCUCCCGUAGAAAUGACUCAAGGAAGCAACCUACGUGCCCAUCGAUGGAGGAAUGGAGAAAGAAGAUGGGGCGCACAUACGUACAAUGGAAUAUUAAAUAUCAAAAAGGAUGAAAUAAGGCCAUUUGCAGCAACAUGGAUGGACCUAGAGAUUGUCAUACUGAGUGAAGAUUUGAUAUGUACUGUUGUAGCUGAGAGGCGCAGUAUCACACAUGAAUUUUUAAUGAUUUCUUGAGGACCAUUAAGAAGUUAGGUGGUUUCUAUGCAAAGUCCAGUCCAGUGACAGCACGCCCAGCAGUGAUCUGAGUUGAAUCCUGCACUGAGCCAUGCAGGAUGCGUGAUGGCUGGGGUGUGGAAUUUUCCCAUCGUGUGCCAGGGUUAUGAGCAGUUCCCAGUGGAAGAGCUGCGACAACUCCACCCCUUAAUCUCCACCAAAGAAUGCAGCUGGGAAUGCGUGGGAGACAGAGUGAUGCCGUUAGAGAAGAAAGCGUGGAUCGGCUCUAAUUUAUUAUUUAGAAAUUCACUUUUUCACAACUGUCAAUAUUUGACAAAUGACUUGCAAGUUGCAACAUGCCAGGGUGUUGAAACAACACUGCAAACACUGGUGAUUGAUCGAUCCCCUAUUGUCUUUCUGGCUGGACUGGGACCACCUCUCAGCAACAAACAAUGUUCUGGGCAACUGGUACCAUCAACUGUGUUGGCAUAACAGCAUGAAAUCUGUUUGUUAUCCCUGCAAAGCCAAGGAAGAAAGGUCUGAAACAGGAAAGCCUCAUUACCCAAAGGUAACUUGUCUUGGAAAAAGCCCACUUAAGGUGAGUCACUUAAAACAGGAGCUAACAUUUCAAAGUAAAUAGAAAAAAUAAGGGGUGAAUAGAGCUUUAUCUUGAAAAAAAAAAAAGUGGAAGUGAAUAUUCACUCAUUCAUUUCAUUUCACAAGCAUUUACCGGGUAGCUACCAUGGUAGACACCAUUUUCAGCCCUGGGAGUACAGUAGUGAAUAAGACCCACAAAUCUUUGUCUUCAAACAGCUCCCAUUCUAGUGGAGGAGGCAAUUAUAACACAAAUAGAAGAACAAUUAUUAAACAUCAGGUCCUAUGAAGAAAAUAAGAAAGAAUAAAGUGAUGGGAGCUGCUAAUUUAGGGAGUGUGGUCAGGGACAUUUUCCUCAAGGAAUCACAUUUGAGCAGAUCUGGGGGUGGUGUUCCCAGCAAAGGGAAUAGCAAGUGCAAAGGGCCUAGGGAAGGAUCAAGUUCACCUGUUGUAAUAAGAGCAGGGAGGCCAGCAUGAUUGGAGGGAAGUUCAGAGUUGUCUCAGGGCCAGGGUGCAUAGGGCCUGGUAGGUCAUGGUAAACAGCAAAUAUGUUAUAAAAAUGUUCUUACUUUCCAUUAUGGAUAUAAUUGUCAUAGUGAGCUAAUUCUUAGAAACAAUCAAGAAUAAAUUACGCCCAUUGGAGGGGAUUUAUAUAUAAUUUUUCUGCAAAAAUUUUAAUAGCUCAGAAUGAUCACCUUCACUUGACAUUUGACAUGUACUACGUAAUUAUAAAAAGGUAACAUUUAGAAAAUUAAUUAAGGGCGUCAUACAUUUUUCCAAGAACCACUCUUAAUCCUUUGAUAUUUAACUCAUUCCCUUCGGUAUUGACAUGUCACCAUCCUUGUCAAUUUUUUAUUCUUGUUAUUGUCAAAACCUCGUUUAUCACUGGUUUUGAAUGCGAUUCAAACCAGUCUCCACCAUCACUUCCACUGACUUCAUGGAAUCCUGAAUCUUUUACACAAAUUAAAACUUUGAUUAGCAAUCCGUUUACAUAUCUGCAUUUUGUUGUCAGAUGAAUCAGAGAGAGAUUGUCACACAGAGGUGGACUUGCUGUACACUAGCAUUAAUUGGAGGGUGGGGGGAUGUUUGAAUGGAAACCAGUAUCAUAACCAGUCCUCCAUUGGUUUAUAUUUUUGGUAUCUCAACUUUGCUUCGCUGGACAUCUUUGAAUCUUCGGGAGCUCAGAGAGGUCGAUCACUCAGAUAAUGAGGCCUCUUUGGUUGCCACAUCAGGCAAGAGUUCUCUCUUUGCACAGGGAAGCCUGCUCACUCCCAAGGGUGCUGGCAGGAAGCUACGAGUCGCUGUGUGGCGACCAGUGGAGCAGGCCUCUGUGACUUCCUGGCAUUGUUAGGAUGCUGGCUGCUUGCCGCAGGAGCUUGCAGAAGACCAUCUGGGAGACUAGAAUUCCACUGAGGACACUUUGGGAAACACUGAUCUACAACUUACUUCUAGAACUCCAGGACUCCUUCAGGAUAAUUCCUUCAGCAGCACCGCUGUAACAGAAGAUCUGGCUAUAGGAGGAAUGCGUUAUCUAGUCUCAUGGUUAAAGCUUUCGAUUGGGACAACUAACACCUUUCAAACAUGGAAUGAAGGAGUGAAUAUUUUACUCAAGGCCAGCAUGCAUGGUGUGACGAAGACACAGUCUCUCUGCAUGAAGAUCAGACUGACUGCUCUAGUCUCAGAGAUGAAGACAGUAAAGAAAAUUAUCCUGAUGCCGGGGCUCCGCUAGAGGAGCCCGUGCCGUCCCGCGAGCCGCCGCAGCAUGUAGAGCAGCCCACGAGGCUGGACGUGCUGCGACCCAGCAUGGGCAACUUCAAGUCCCGGAAGCCCAAGUCCAUCUUCAAGGCCGAGAACGGGAGGAGCCACGGAGAAAGUCAGGAGACAGAGCAUGUGGUACACAGCCAGGCAGAGUGUCGGGGGAGAACAGGAGCGCCAGCUCAGGAGAGUCCACAGACCCACACCUUCAGGUGCCAAGAAACCGUGCGAGCUCAACAAAGAAUAGACCAGAGGGCGGCCUUGUGGCCAAAGGAUGAAACUCUGCAGGACCUCAAUGAGGAAGAAGCCGCUCAGGUGCACGGAGUCAAGGAUCCAGCCCCAGCAUCCAGCCAGAGUGCCCCUGCUGAGGGGGCAGAUGCCACAGACCCUGUGCCAGUGCACAAAGAUGUGCCCAGUGAAGCGGACAGCACACCAGAAGACCUCCAGUCUGUUGAGACUAGCAGGCUGCUCUAUCACAUCACUGAUGGUGACAACCCGCUUCUGUCACCACGAUGCUCCAUCUUUAGCCAAAGCCAGAGAUUCAACUUAGACCCUGAAUCAGCCCCUUCUCCACCCAGCACUCAGCAGUUUAUGAUGCCCCGAAGUUCUUCACGGUGCAGCUGUGGUGAUGGCAAAGAGCCACAGACCAUUACCCAGCUCACCAAGCACAUCCAGAGCCUCAAGCGGAAAAUUCGGAAAUUUGAAGAAAAAUUUGAACAAGAAAAGAAAUACCGGCCUUCAUAUGGUGACAAGACAUCUAAUCCUGAAGUCCUGAAAUGGAUGAAUGAUUUGGCUAAAGGUCGUAAACAGCUCAAAGAACUAAAGCUGAAGCUGUCAGAAGAACAAGGGAGUGCUCCCAAAGGCCCACAUAGAAAUCCAUCCUGUGAGCAACCCGCAGUCCCUGGAGAGAAUGGGAAGCCGGAAGCUGUGGGCCCUGAGCCAGGCUCCUCUGGAGAGGAGACUCCAGAUGCUGUGUUGACAUGCGUGAAGGAGAAGAGAGAUCAGCUUCCCUCUCAGGAGGUUUCUAAGGUAACUAAGCAAGACAAGAACCUCAUAAAGCCUCUUUAUGACAGAUACAGAAUUAUCAAGCAAAUCUUGUCCACGCCUUCCCUUAUUCCAACAAUUCAGGAGGAAGAAGACUCUGAUGAAGACUGUCCACAGGGAAGCCAACAACUUUCUUUGCCAAACCCAGCAUCCCACCUUCCUAUUGGCGACCACCUCACCUACUCUAAUGAGACUGAGCCUGUUCGGCUCCUGCUACCAGAUGAAAAGAAAGAAAUCAAACAACCAGCUCUCUCCAUGUCCAAUUUACAUGAGGCCACCAUGCCUGUACUUCUUGACCAUCUCCGAGAAACUAGGGCUGACAAGAAGAGACUUCGGAAAGCCUUAAGAGAAUUUGAGGAACAGUUUUUUAAACAAACAGGAAGAAGUCCACAAAAGGAAGAUAGGAUACCAAUGGCAGAUGAGUAUUACGAAUACAAGCAUAUAAAAGCCAAACUGAGACUAUUAGAGGUCCUCAUCAGCAAGCAGCAAGAUGUGGCCAAAACUAUUUGAGGUUCAGGAAAUGUUUGUGAUCACUUUGACCCAAGAUAAGUCAAGUUUAUUUUCUUCUGCCGUUCUUGCUAAGUAGUUAUGACAAAUGAAAAUUGAAGCACUUUAGUGUAUUAGCUGUUUUUAAGAAUGGAUGGCAAGUGUAAUUAUAAAUGAGUAGAAGGGAUUAAAAAGGGAGGGGUUACAACAAGGAACAGUAUAAUUGGAAAAUAAAAUUCAGCCUUCUCCAUGCCAGGGAGAAAAUGCAGUCAAUAUAAUUAUUUCAGAAAACAUCUAUUUUAUCAAAUCUAAAUAACACAAAGCAUCCACCUGUUAAACGGGCUACUGGUUAAGAAAGUCUACUUAGUGUCCAAAGAUUGCUUAUAUUGACAUAUGGAAAAGAGCAUAAUUUUAAAAAAUCAGUAAGAGGAAGAAAAGAAACUAUUUUAUGUAGGAAGGAAUACAGCUAGUAAGAAUGUAAUUUAUUUGAAACUGCUAAUAGAUUUUUAAGUGAUAAAAAAAAAAUCUACUACCUUGUUCCUUAAAUCUGCGAGGCUUUCAGUACCCUAAAAUAUACUAGAAUGUGUCACUGAUAAUUUUUUUAUUUCUAUAUAAAAAUAGCACAUUAUUUUAUCUGUUACUUAAAAUUUUACAUUUCUGAUUACCAAAGUUCAUUCUGAUAGCAUGUACUUUGUGCAUUAUCUUUGUCUAUAUAACAGAUGUUUAUAUUAAAAUAAAAUAUGGUAUUAAAAUUUGAAAAUAGGUAUUUUGGAUAGAUGUGUCUGUAGUAUAUAAUCUAAUGUGAUCAUAGUUAUGAUUGCUAAUCUUUAUUUACUAUAAGAUUAUAUAAAUAUUUUUCCAUUGGAAAUUUUUUUUUAAUGUUCCAAGGUCUAUACUUUGUGAAGUCAAAAAACUUUCCCAUGAACUCUAUAUAGUUGUUCUCCAUUCUGUAUAAAAUGAAAGGUUUAGAAAUUGUUGCUACGACACCUUGGGAAAGAAGCCAGGAUAUUUUAUUUGCUUCAUCCACUUUAGCAUGUGCAGUUUUGUUAUUUUGUACUAAACCAACCACCUGUUUAUUACUUUUGCUUUUGUAAAAAUAAGUAAAAGGUCCACAUUUUCUCUUGUACCAACCAUGUUUAUAUUUCUCUCUUCUGUAAUGUUUAAGCAUGAUGUUGAACAAAUUCACACUUUCACAUAGUUUGGAUGGGAAGAAUAUUGACUUUCUGAAGCAGACUAUUUCAGAGGCUUAUUGUUUUCUCUGUAUUUACCUGAUAUUUUAUAAAUCAGAAUAAUGUCCUUCAUAAAUUUGUUUAAUUAAAGUCAUCUACUUAGAACAGAUACACAACUAUUUGAAGUUUACAAACUACAUCUUUGAUAAGGGAAAUGGUUUCAUGACAUGUAUACAAUUGCUAUUAAAAUGUAACUCUAUAUAUUCUAUAAGAUUGUAAAUAUUUUAUACAGCAAUACAAAUAAAAUAUUUUUCUAUUAUA